AUGCAUCGGAAACGGAGAUAUGUGUUACACGGCAACAACAUCGAUCAUCCCGGUAACCCGCACUUAUCAAAAGUUCAAGCUGAUUUACUUCGCCUUUCCAAUCCAGACAAUAUUUUACGUGGUAUACCGGCCGAAUUAUAUAUUAAAAAUCUUACAAUUACUGGGCAAGGUACAAUCGGACUGAAGUUUCAGGCAAAAGAAGGUUUUCGCAUCGUGCUAAACAGUGAAGAAAAACAAUCAGACGGCAAGGAAGUUUUAGUUUUGGACAUCGGGAAAGAAGUUACUUAUUUCCGAAAACGUAAUAAUAACGAAAAAACAGAUAUUUUGGCUUCUACAAAAGAAAAAAAAGCUCUCUUGGACGAUCACAUGGUUCUCUACUGGUUUAGCCUUGACAAGAAUAAUCGACGUUUGCGCUAUGGAAAGGGUCCCAUGCAAAGUCAACUGACCGUCUUUUCCUAUAAUUUUCCACAAAAAAAGUCUCAAGAAAAUGAUGAUUACGCUUGGAUUGAAGAUUUGCGCUAUAUCGCAGUCUGUUACACUGCAAUUAAAACGGAAGAUUUCGGGGAGAAAAAGGGAAAAAAGCCAGAGAUUGAACUGUCCGUUUGGAAUCUUCCGGUCACUGUAGAUCUACCACCCUUUAUCAUCAAGCGCGAAAAUGCAACCUUGGAAAAACUGGAAAUGGAGAAAGCUACCGUGAUUGAUAACCUUCCAAAAAAAUGUCAAGAACUCUAUUGGAAUGUUGUUGACGUCUCUCUCAACACUCCUGACUUCCCUGAUUUUGCUGAUGCUAUCGAAUAUAGCAUCAAGACACCAGGUUUGAGGUGCUAUGAAAAGCUUAAAGAAAAAGCAAAAAAUGCUGAAUUUGGUAAUUCCAAGGCAACUUACCUUCGCGUCACAUUGGGAGAAGAUCGGGGAAACUCUCCUGGAAUCCCCUACGUCUUGGAAAUCUGGCCUAGCGGGCACUAUUCUCCCGUCCACAGUCACUCUAAUUCCUUUGCUAUCAUCAAGGUCUUGUACAAUGAGAUCAUGGUACGGUACUACGCUGGGCUAAAAGAAGAGAAAUGGUACAACGAGGUGCCCUUCCAACAAGGUCAAAUUACAUGGAUUUCAGAUAAACACUAUCAAACUCAUCAACUUUGGAACCGGACUAGGAAAGUGUGCGUCACGAUUCAAUGCUAUCAAUAUGGCGAUGAUGACCACAAUCAUUACGAAUAUUUUGAUUAUAUUGGUAGUAACGGUGUUGAGAAAAGAUUCAAGCCCAAUUCGGACUGGCCCUUUGCUGAAUUCCAAAAACUGAUUAAAGAGGAAUGGAAAAAGCACAAGUAUAUUUCUGAUGACUGA